AGCUGACGCAUUGCCCGAUGAAGGGAGUGAAGUUGGCCGUGCAUCGGAAAACAAAAGUGUGUUGUCAUUGCACGACGAGGAGAAAAGCUGUGGAAAUUGAGGAAAAAUGUUUCGCAAUCAGUACGACAGUGAUGUGACUGUGUGGAGCCCUCAGGGGCGCCUCCAUCAGGUGGAGUACGCCAUGGAAGCGGUGAAGCUGGGCACGGCGACUGUUGGCUUGAAGAACAAGGAUCACGCCAUUCUGAUCGCUCUCAAAAGGGCUUCAUCUGAGUUGGCUUCUUACCAGAAGAAGAUCAUCCCCAUUGAUGACCAUCUCGGCAUCUCCAUCUCUGGAAUAACAGCUGACGCCAGGAUUUUGAGUCGCUACAUGCGCCAGGAGUGCCUCAAUUACAAGUACUCCUAUGAUGCCAACUACCCAGUGAAUCGCUUGAUCAUAAACCUGGGCAAUAAGAUGCAGGUCUGCACCCAGCGCUACGACAGGCGUCCUUAUGGCGUGGGACUUCUCGUGGUCGGCUACGAUGAUUUGGGCCCCCAUGUCUUCCAAGUAUGUCCCAGCGCCAACUACUUCAAUUGCAAGGCAAUGUCUAUCGGAUCUCGCUCCCAGAGCGCUCGCACGUACUUGGGAAAGCAUCUGGCGAACUUCCCGACGUGUGACCUCAAGAAGCUGAUAGAGCAUGGUCUAUUGGCGCUGCGGGACACGCUCCCGAAUGAACUCAAUCUCACUGAGAAGAAUGUCUCCAUAGCUAUUGUGGGCAAGGGAACUCCGUUCCAGAUUCUAUCAGAGGAGGAGAACAAGACAUACUUGGCCACUAUCAGCCAGAGUGGGCCAUCUGCGCGGGAAGCUGCUGCAAGUGACAGCGGCACGGGAGGUAGCGGUGCUCCUCCGCCAAGUGAGGGCUCAAGCGACCCUUUAGCCGGAACUGCGAUGGAGUAAGUGGGCGGAUUCUGCAUGCAGAUUUCGCACCACCAGCACUCCCGGAUGACUCAAGUGGGAUGGGGUAGAGGGUGGGGAUUCGUAUUCUGCCCUUAAGAGCUGGUAAUGCGAAUCCCCACCCGAAAUUUUCAGCAUUUUCCGGGAUUUCUUACACAUUUGAACAAUUUUCGAAAAUAUACUUGG